CAGGGUUACUGCAAUCUUUGUUUGUGCUGCAGAUUGUUCAUUCACUCAGACUGUUUAUGAAAGAUAUAUUAUUGCAGAUGUAUAACAGAUGCUGAGUGCGUAUUGAAACUGAAUGUUUUGUUUAUGGCACCGAAUCAUUCUGCGGUAGUCUCUGUGUUCGGUGUUUUCUCAUGCAGACCGUGUUCAAUUGUUAACGAUAAUGAACCGUAAUUUCCUCGCAUGCUGUUAAACUCUCCGCGUGUCUGAGGCGAGCGGGGGCGCGCUGCUCGUGCGUUAGUUUGGAGACUUCGAGCCAAACUCAAGACGAACCUCAAGAAACCCGCACUCGGUCCCGCAGCACGCGAUGUCGCGAGUAUUAAACGCGUGUAACGCUCUCGUGAGGCGAGACUUCAGGAGAACAACACCGCGCGCUUCUGCACGGAGCCUCGCGACAGAUGACGGGGACGGACCGUCCAGGGUUCUGGGGAAGCGUCUGAAGGACUCGGCCGAGACGGUGGUCAUCGGCGGCGGGUGUGUCGGGGUCAGUCUGGCGUAUCAUCUGGCCAAAGCCGGACAGAAGGACGUGGUGCUGCUGGAAAAGUCCGAGCUGACCGCCGGAUCCACAUGGCACGCGGCAGGACUCACCACAUACUAUCAUCCAGGCAUUAAUCUGAAGAAGAUUCAUUAUUACAGCAUUAAACUCUUCGAGCAGCUCGAGGCCGAGACGGGACAGGCCGUGGGCUUCCAUCAGCCCGGCAGCAUCAGACUGGCGUCCACUCCGGUCCGAGUCGACGAGCUCAAAUAUCAGAUGACCAGAACACACUGGCACCCGACGCCACAGUUCCUCAUCAGCCCCGAGAAGAUCCAGCAGCUCUUCCCUCUGCUCAACAUGGACAAGGUGUUGGCGGGUCUCUAUAAUCCGGGUGACGGUCACAUCGACCCGUAUUCUCUGACGAUGGCUCUGGCGGCGGGAGCGCGAAUGUACGGCGCUCAGAUCUAUAAUCCCGCUCCGGUCACAGGCCUCACGCCGACCGCCGACGGCAGAUGGGACGUCCAGACGCCACACGGAACCAUCCGAGCCAAUCGCAUCGUAAAUGCCACAGGGUUCUGGGCACGUGAACUGGGUCAAAUGAUCGGGUUCCAGCACCCCACCAUCCCAGUGCAUCACCAGUACGUCGUCACGGCGACGGUUCCCGAGGUGAAGGCGCUGGAGACGGAGCUUCCGGUGAUCCGGGAUCUGGAGGGCUCGUAUUACCUGCGUCAGGAGCGAGACGGCCUGCUGUUCGGACCCUACGAGAAGGAGGAGAAGAUGAAGCUGCAGGACUCGUGGAUCAGAGACGGAGUUCCUCCAGGUUUCGGUAAGGAGCUGUUUGAGUCCGAUCUGGACCGGAUCAUGGAUCAUGUGGAGAGGGCCAUGGAGAUGGUGCCAGUUCUGAAGAACGCUGACAUCAUCAACAUUGUGUCCGGACCGAUCACAUACACACCUGACCUGCUGCCCAUGAUCGGACCGCACCAGGGAGCCAGAAACUACUGGACUGCCAUCGGCCGGGGGUACGGUAUCAUUCACUCUGGAGGAGUGGGGAAGUUUCUGAGCGACUGGAUCGUGAGCGGUGAGCCGCCGUAUGAUCUGAUCGAGUGCGACCCCAACCGCUACGCUCACUGGACCAGCGUCCCCUAUCUGUGCGCCAAAGCCAGAGAGUCCUACGGCUUCAACAACGUCGUGGGUUACCCGAAGGAGGAGCGCUUCGCGGGUCGCCCAACUGACCGGGUCAGCGGCGUCUAUGAGCUGCUGAAGGACAGAUGCUCUAUGGGUUUCCACGCAGGAUGGGAGCAGCCGCAUUACUUCCACAAACCCGGAGACGACUCCGGAUACAAACCCAGCUUCAGAAGGACUAACUGGUUCGGGCCGGUCGGCCGCGAGUGUAAACUGGUGAUGGACGGCGUGGGUGUGAUUGACCUUUCACCUUUUGGGAAGUUCACUGUGAAAGGAGAAGAUUCACACCGGCUGCUUGACCGGCUGUUCGCCAACACACUGCCAAAGGUGGGUCAAACCAACAUCAGUCACAUGUUGACCCCACGGGGGCGUGUCUAUGCUGAGGUCACGGUUACCCAGACUGCACCUGGAGAGUUUCUGCUCAUCACAGGCUCCGGAUCAGAGCUGCAUGAUCUGCGGUGGAUCGAGCGUGAGGUGUGUGACGGAGGGUACGCUGUGAGUGUGUGUAACGUGACGGAUGAGGUCGGGGUUCUGGGCGUCGCCGGGCCGAAGUCACGCGUGGUUCUUCAGAAGCUGACGGAUGAAGACAUGAGUGACACGGCCUUCAGAUUCCUGCACUGCAGAUCCAUGCAGCUCGCCGGCGUUCCCCUCCGCGCCAUCCGCAUAUCCUACACAGGUGAGUUGGGUUGGGAGCUCUAUAUGGACAUGCAGAAGAUGUCGGCGGUGUAUGAGGCGCUGAUGGAGGCGGGACGAGACGAGAACAUCGAUAAUUUCGGCACAUACGCCAUGAGCUCACUGAGACUGGAGAAGGGCUUCAGAGCCUGGGGAGCUGAGAUGAACUGCGACACGAAUCCUUUAGAAGCCGGUUUGGACUAUUUCAUCAAAUUCAAUAAGCCUGCAGAGUUCAUCGGUAAACAGGCGCUGCUGGAGAUCAGGGCUCAGGGUUUGAGCCGGCGGCUGGCGUUCCUCACGCUGCACACAGACGACAUCGACCCGGAGGGAAACGAGACCGUCUGGUACAACGGAGAGGUGGUGGGGAACACGACGUCAGGAGCGUACAGCUACAGCACACAGCAGAGCCUGGCCUUCGCUUACCUGCCCCUGCACCUCACUCACGCCGGUCAGAAGCUGGACGUGGAGCUUCUGGGUCAGAAAUACCCGGCCACGGUCACUCAGGAGCCGCUGGUCCUCACAGAACCCGCCAGAACCCGCCUGCAGAAGAAGAACCGGAGCCUCUGACCGUCGUGAGCUCGAUCAGUUUCAUCAAACACACUCAAAUCUCAGCUUAAUAAAUGUGUUGCAGAGAAUAUGGAAAUGUGAAGGUUGUAAUUUUUAAAGUCGGUGUUAAAAAUCUUUUAAACUGAAAACUGUGAUGAUUUGCUGCUUAAACAUCGUGUCUUUCAUGUCCGGAUUCUGUGAAUUCUCACAGUCGUGUUGUGAGGGAUCAGAUUAACUGACGAGUCUUACAGAGAAGAACCCUAAUAAAGCACAAUCUCAGUAUUACAGAUUCCAGUAGAAUUAUAUAACGAUGACCUCUGAUUAUUCCUGUAUCUCUGUACUGUAUGUUUUCAUUGUGAAUAAACACACUUUCUCCGCUC